UCCCAGGCCGCAUUAUAUCCUGGCUACAAGCAGGUACAGUCAUUUGAUAUAGACGAGAAGUACACAUGCGGAGAAACCGGGGAGGUAGAAGAGGAAGUAUCAUACGUGACGUUGGACUUGGGCAAUGUAGAACCAACACUUGUGCCCAGCAGUACCACCUGUCGUUUCACUGGACUCGACACCUCCACUCCCUUCUUACAGCUUUCGGGUACAAUCUUCAAGGGUAGACAUCAGUCUUUACUAGGCACCGAGCUUCUUUUCACCGAAGAGAAAGGUGACUAUCUG